UCAGAAUGUGCUCGGAAAACCCCGCCGCCUCCAAACUCCGAUCUCAAUCCCCGAUCACCGUCAUAUGAAGGCCUUCCGUCUCCUAUUUCCGCCGUUCAACAAACCAGCUCCGAAAUCGCCUCUAUUUCUUCAAAGGCUCUCCGCCGCCGCAGCCUAUUCGUCUUCCGCCGCGAACCCUAGGUUUUCCAAUUCUUUCUCCGACGAAGAUGAAGAAGACAGCGGAGUUUACCAGCACAAACUCAAGUUCCAGCGUCCCACCACAAUCCAACGGCGAGAGAAUCCCGGUCCGGUCAACUCCGCUAGCUUCAUCGGCUCAGUGAGCCUCCCCCUCCGGGUCAAAAACACAGCCCACGGUGGUCGUUUUGGCGUUCACACUUUUCUCACCGUCAGAAAUUGGCCCCAGUCUGAGAGCACUUUUCGGAUAUUACUGAAGAUGUGGGACGAGAUGGCUGUAUUGUCUUUCAAGCAUUUGAAACAGAAUGAUUUUAUUUAUGUCUCAGGUCAUCUAAGUUCUUACACAAAGAAUAAACUCGAUGGGAGCUGCACAUUGUAUCAUGAGUUAGUUGUGAAGGAGUUGAAUUACGUGGCACAGCGUGGACAAGGACCAGGAUGUGCAAAUCAUGAGAAACCACAAUCUGAUGGAGGUGAAACUGGUUUGGAGAAGUCUAGGGAACGGCUUCACUUAUGGCAAGUAUUUUUCGCCAAUCCAUAUGAUUGGUGGGAUAACAGGAAGAGAAAGUUGAAUCCAAGACAACCAGAUUUUAAUCACAAGUAUGUCGAUGAAGCUCUCUGGUUGAGACCAGAUGAUCCUCCAUGGGUUAAAACACAAAUUCAUCGGCUUGACGAGAGAAUGGUGGAACAAGGUCAUGGCGAACAAGUAGGUCAUCAUCGUCGUAUCUCCAAGUGGGAGUACGAUGAGUAACUGCAGAAUGUAAAGGAACAGGUUGUGGUACUGGUAUUGGAGUUUAUAUGCUUGCAAGUCCUGAAAAGAAGGUGGAAAGUCAUAUAAAAGGACAGAGAUUAAGCAUGGAGCUAUGAGCAAUGGAAGUACAUCAAAUUGGCCAUGCUCUAUAUUCGGAUAUCUCUGCAGAAGGUUACUGGCAAUUAACCAGCUGAAUUGGGUUUCGCCAGAACCACUUGGCAUUAUCAAUCUUGUGC